AAAUUGAAAAACAACUUCCCGAUGGUACUCCUGAAACUACUAUCCGGAAAAGAAAAGAAAGAGCUCAAAAGAUUUUUUAUACUCAAGAUCAAUAUUAUAAAAAUACAAAUAUCUCAAAAGAAUAG